AUGGAAGCUGUCGAGAGUAGGGAGAUUGGCUUCUGGUUACCGAUACUAGCGAGGACGGUGGCAAGAGUAACAGGCGUAACGGAUUACAACAUUGUGCAGAAUAAUGGAGCACGUGCUGCACAAGUGGUACCACAUGUACAUUUCCACAUUAUACCACGCCCGAAGACAAUGCCUGAGAUCAAGAACAAGAGCUGGACAAUGUUUGGGCGGGGUCAAAGAGAUGAUUUGGAUGACGAGGAGGGCGCUAAGAUGGCUGGGGAGAUGAGAAGGGUGUUGAGGGAGGAGUUGGAGAAGAUGAACACGUCAAGUGCGAAGUUAUGA